CUCGUAUUAAGCCAAUUUUGUUAAAAAAAUAUAACUCUGUAAUGAUAAAAUUGGAAAAUGAAAUACGAAAAAAAUUACGAUUUUGCUAGUCGAAAAAUACUUUUAGAUUACAUAAUGAUGGAUCCAGAUGAAUUAAAGAGAAUCGGAAUUACAAAUUACUAUAGACCUGAUUAUUCUUCAAUGUUAAUUAGAGGCCCUGUGCCUUGGCAUCACAUGACUAUUAUUAAUAAAGAACGGCUAAUCCAUAAUUUAUAUAUUUUUAGAGAAUCUAUAUUAAAGUUGGAUAAAGUAUGGAAAAAGUAUUCUAAAGGUUAUAUAUUUCCAAUAAAAAAUUUAAAAAGAGUUGGUAUACCUAUAAAACCAAAAUAUUUACAAGAAUUUUUGGAAAAAUCGUGUGAACAAUUUCGAUGCAAACUAGUUGAUGAAUGGAUUGUUGAGUGCGCUGAUUUAUUUUUAGAAAUAAAUGAAAAUUUUCGAGACAUAUUACCAACACAUGAUUUGAAUCCAUCAGAUCAUCAAAUUCAAAAAUUUUUCGAUUGUGUUGCAGCUACCAUGUCCAGACAAUUGAGACAAGCUGUAUUCAAGUCUCUGAAACAUUAUAUGAAUAAAAUACUUGAAUAUAAGAAUGGAAAUAAAAUAGAUGCCGAGUAUAAGAAUAACAUGUUCAUAAAUUUACCAUUUUUUAUUCUAAAAGCUGUACCUAAUCCUAAUUCAACUGAAAUCUCUUUUGAACCAACUCGCGAAGACUGCUUAAUACUUUUGUUGUCAAUUCCGCGAAAAAUAAUUAAAGCAGUUGAAGAUAUUCCUAGAAUAGAACAAUUAUUAGUAAAAGAAUACAAAGGGGAUUCUAAUAUGGUGUUAAAAAAUGUGCAUGAAUCUGAAGAAGAGGUACAAAAUAUGUUGGUAGAAAUUGGUAACAUUUUGGAAAACAAUUUUCCAGGGCCAGAAACAUUCAUAACUUAUUAUGAAAUAUAUUCCUAUUUAUUAAAUGGCACAGAAACUGAAGCCUUAAAUACAUUUUUUUGAAAUCCAACCAUUUCCAUUAUUAAGCGAGUUUAAUGAAUGGGUCCUCAAGUACAUAGCUAUAAAUGAUGAUAUCCUCAAUCUAAGAGCUCAGGUAGAAUUGAAUUUAAUGAUGUU